CAAAUAAGGGCAUGUGGUUUGUCCGUGUCAGGCUGUCCUCUACAAACAUGUAACUCACUUCUAACUGUAUUCACUGAGACAGCACCUUGCACUGAGAAGGAAACAGAGUCAACUGCAUCUGAUAGACGUCUUUCUCCACCAAAAUCCGGUUGGCAGCAGCAGUGAGGAUGGCUGUCCUGUACUGGAUGGCUGUAACGCUGGGUUUGUUCCUGUCUGCUGGAAACAGUUUGGCUGAUGUGGACCAGAACGAACUUGCAGGAAUUGUAAAAGAAAUCUUGAACAAGUAUAGACCAAGCUACACGGGCAGCAAAGGCCAAAGAAGAGAACCCAUGUUCAGUCUGGCUGUAAGCAUCCCAUACAACAGUGACAGGAAAAUGUAUGACAUCAGUCAAGUGACUGACACUGGUGAACAAGUCUGGCAAAGUAUUUUGAAGAGAUGUGAUGUGUACACCAGUCAGAGGAUGGUCGCAGCUACAGUUCUGAGAUGGCCCAAUGUUGUGGAUCAGUGUCCUGAGGGACGUGUGCAAUGGUCUAUUCCAGCAAAAUGUGGUCAAACGUGGGCUGAUGUUAAAAAAAACUGUCCUACAGAAAUUGAAGAUGGCAGAGCUGAUCAUGCAGAGUACCGUACUCUACAAAACUUUAAUACCUUGGUGAGCGAUCAUGACAAAAAUGAUUUAUUGCUUUUCUACGUUCUUGCUUCCCCGUGUGAUAAAAGAUGUGCAAGUGAAUCGAGUCGCUGGAACAUUCUCAACAGCAUAAAAAUGAUUAAACAGUGGAAGAACUAUGCUGUGGUGUUUUCCAAUGUAUUCAAGCCGCGUGGUAGUAAAUCCAUACCUGAACAAGACCUACGUGGAGCCAUUGAGCGGCUUGGUCAGUCAGUUGGUCUGAGCAAUAUAUUCCGUUGCAACGGAGAUGUGGUGCAGUGCACAAGCUGCUCUAGUGGUACACAAGUUACACCCUAUUGUUAUUCAGAGGAACUACAACCUUCCCCCACAAAUAUAGCAGAUGUUGUGUCCUCCCAAAGUGGGCUUGAUAGCAAUAAUGGAAAUGAUGAGUCUGAUACAGGUGAAAGCAUUUCCCCACCACAAACAGAUCCUAGUUAUGGCAAUGAAAAUAAUUUAGAUGAAGGAGGUGUGUCCUCCCAAAGUGAGCUUGAUAGCAAUAAUGGAAAUGAUGGUUCUAACACAGGUUUAAGCAUCUCCCCUUCACAAACGGGUGAUAAUUAUGGCAAUGGAAAUUUUGAUUUUAAAACAGGUGGCAGAAAACCGAGUGGCAGCAGCAUUAGUAAAAACACAAAAGAGGACAGGCGCAAAGGAGGAAAAGGGAGAGGAAUGAGCAGACGGAAAGGAGGAAAAGGGAGAGGAAUGGGCAGACGCAAGGGAGGAAAAGGUAGAGGAAUGGGCUGGC